UGUGGCAGGUGAGCCCACUUUCGUGGUGGUAGAGACCCACCUUCCAGGUUGGAGGGCAUGGGCUGGGGGAGGGAGCGGGAAGAGGGUCACCAAGAGAUAUCCCAGGACGUGGGGCCUCAGAGGCCUGGGCCAUCCGGUGCAGGCUGGAAGACGGGGGUCAGAAGGAGGCGGCGGCCGAUGCCAAACAACACACCAUCUUCCAGCCUGGUCAAGAGCCAACUCCCCUCUUUGUAAAAUGAACACACGCACGCACCCGCUGUGGGGAGGGAGGAGGGAGGAGCCAGGCCAAGGGCCAGUGACUGACAGCCCCACAUACAGGGGCUGCAACUGGGAAACUAGAGGCCCCAAGGGCACCCCCAGCUCCGAUUAUCUCUGGGUUCUCCUCAAGCCCAACUAGGGUUGCUGUGGUUUCUUGCUGGCGCCUCUGGCCUCAACACCCCCCCACACCCCCCCAUGCUGCACUAAUGGCUCAGUCUGGGGCUCCAGGGACCUCCCCACCCCCCAGGCUGCUCUGCCAGCCCCCGUGCCCCUCACUGCUGAAACCCAAUCCUCUGCGGCAGCUCUGGCUCAGCAGAGCACCAGACCAGCCCUGCUUGCCUCGCAGGCUGCACCCUACCUGCUCAGCACGGGCCCGCGGAGUGGAGCACAGCCUGUUCCUGGACAAGGCCGGAGGGACCCUGCAGGUCACUGCGUCCAGCCCAGCCAGGCCAGUGCCACCCCACCUCCCUUCCGGUGUGGCCCCUCUCCUUGCCUCCCGCCUGCCCUGUCCCCUGCCUGGCCAGACCCUCCCAGACCUCAGACUGACCCUCUCCUGCUCCUCAGCCCCUUCGCCUGGCCAUCGGCCCCAGCCCUCUGUUCCCUCCCCUCAGCUGGGCCAUGAAGCCCCCCUCGGGGCCGGAGGAGGCCCGGCGGCAGGCCUCGGACAUCAGCGUGUUCGCCAGCAGCUGCACGCUACACGGGCUGAGCCACGUCUUCGGUCACGGACGCCUGACGCCGCGCCGGGGGCUGUGGGCCGUGGCCGUGCUCCUGUCCGUGGCCGCCUUCCUCUACCAGGUGGCGGAGCGGGUGCGCUACUACGGGGAGUUCCAUCACGAGACGGCCCUGGACGAGCGCGAGAGCCACCAGCUCACCUUCCCGGCCAUCACCCUGUGCAACAUCAACCCGCUGCGCCGCUCCCGCCUCACGCCCAACGACCUGCACUGGGCCGGGCCCUCGCUGCUGGGCCUGGAGCCCCCGGAGCACGCCGCCUUCCUGCGCGCCCUGGGCCGGCCCCCCGCGCCGCCUGGCUUCAUGCCCAGCCCCACCUUCGACAUGGCCCGGCUCUACACGCGGGCUGGGCACUCCCUGGAGGACAUGCUGCUGGACUGUCGCUACCGCGGCCGCCCCUGCGGGCCCGAGAACUUCACUGUGGUCUUCACCAGGAUGGGUCAGUGCUACACCUUCAACUCCGGCGCGGACGGGGCAGAGCUGCUCACCACCCCCAAGGGCGGAGCGGGCAACGGGCUGGAGGUCAUGCUGGACGUGCAGCAGGACGAGUACCUGCCUGUGUGGAAGGACACGGAGGAGACCCCAUUCGAGGUGGGGAUCCGAGUGCAGAUCCACACGCAGGAGGAGCCACCCAGCAUCGACCAGCUGGGCUUUGGGGCAGCCCCUGGCUACCAGAUCUUUGUGUCUUGCCAGCAGCAGCAACUGAGCUUCCUGCCGCCACCCUGGGGCGACUGCAGCUCGGCAUCCCUGGACCCCGACUUUGAACCAGAACCCGCCGGUCCUCUGGGUCCCCCCAGCCCCAGCCCCGGUCCCAGCCCUCCCUAUAGCCUGAUGGGGUGUCGCCUGGCCUGUGAAACCCGCUAUGUAGCUCGGAAGUGCGGCUGCCGGAUGAUGCACAUGCCUGGCAGCGCUCCGGUGUGCAGCCCCCAGCAGUACAAGGACUGCGCCGACCCGACGCUGGACGCCAUGCUGCGGAAGGACACGUGCGUGUGCCCCAACCCCUGCGCCAUCACGCGCUACGCCAAGGAGCUCUCGAUGGUGCGGAUGCCCAGCCGCGCGGCCGCCCGCUACCUGGCCCGGAAGUACAACCGCAGCGAGGCCUACAUCGCGGAGAACGUCCUGGUGUUGGACAUCUUCUUUGAGGCCCUCAACUACGAGACCGUGGAGCAGAAGAAGGCCUAUGAGGUGUCAGAGCUGCUAGGCGACAUUGGGGGCCAGAUGGGGCUGUUCAUCGGGGCCAGCCUGCUCACCAUCCUCGAGAUCCUGGACUACCUCUGCGAGCUUCAGGAAGGGCUGGGCAGCCAUGGAAACCAAGUGCCCAAUCUCAGUUUAGGCUCCAGCAGGCCUGCCCCCCCGCCCAGUGCCGUCACCAGGACCCUUUCUGCCUCCCACCGCACCUGCUACCUCGUCACACGGCUCUAGACCUGCUGCCUGUGUCUUCAGGGUCGAACCUUGACAUCUCGGACACGCACUGCCUGCACACGAUUUUGCCAUCUUCGCCCCAAAUAAAGUUCUAGUGCCUCA